GAGGGGAGCAGGAAGCGGUACUGGAGGUGCUGGGCGAUGCAGGAGGGGCUGGGGGAUGCGGGGGGAUGCUGGAGGCAGGGGCAAGGCAGGAGGCGAUGCCGGGGGGGGGGCACACGGAGCACUUUGGGGGGGCUGCGGGAGGCGAUGCAGGCGGGGAUGCAUCUUUCCAGAGGCGGAAGAGUUAACGCUCCCCGCAGCUCCUCGCUCCGAGCUGGGCUUUCCUUCCAGCUGCUUCGGAUCAGGAAGGUUUGUACGGUGGGGAAAUUCCUGCGCGCAGCUGCGGCCCGUCCCGGCCGCAUUCCCCAGCCCUGGCAUCUCGCGGGACGUGCCUCCCCGCAGCCGGCUGCCGGGAAAUGCCUUCACCCCCCCCCCCCCCGCAGCCGAAAAACGCAGCACAAUGCACCUUUCUUUGGGGGGCCGCUUAGGUCCCGUGCCGGGAACGGAGCGGGGCAAAACGCUCGUCCUGCAGCCAGGUUUACGGGCGGGCAGGGGGCAGCCGAAACGCACCGCCGUGCUCACUGCCCCGCCGGCCCUUGCGGCGGUUCUGUGCCUUUCCCUUGUGAUUUGGGGCUGGAUAGGAAGGGAAAGGGAAGAUGUGAGGAUAUGAGGAAGGGAGGAUGCGAGGGAGCGAGGCCGGGUGCCGGCUCGGUGCGCCAGAUGCAGCCGCACGCAGCCCCGUGCCCGCAGUGCGCCCAUGGGGCGGUGGCGGCUCACACCAGCAGCGCUGUGCCUUUGGCCCCAAAAUCUGCUUUUGGGGUCGGGUGGAAGGGAUCCAGGGCUCCACUAUUAAUAACAGGGCUCCGCACUAUUUACAGGGGCUGAAACAGCCCCAGGCACCCCCACACCGCCUUCGCCACCACCCCGCGGUGUCCCCCUGGGUCAGGGUGACCCCGGCCGAGGGCUGGGGGGUGUUUCGGGGCUGGGGGGCGCCGUGACCCCUGGCUCUCUUGCAGUACCUGCAGAUGAAGUGGCCGCUGCUGGACGUGCCGGCCGGUGCCACGCUCAAGGACAGCCGCUCGCCAUCGCCCGCGCACUUGUCCAACAAGGUCCCGGUGGUGCAGCACGCCCACCACAUGCACCCGCUGACGCCGCUCAUCACCUACAGCAACGACCACUUCUCGCCGGGCUCACCACCCGGCCACCUCUCACCCGAGAUCGACCCAAAGACGGGAAUCCCGCGGCCGCCCCACCCACCCGAGCUGCCCCCCUACUACCCGCUGUCGCCAGGAGCCGUGGGCCAGAUCCCGCACCCGCUGGGCUGGCUCGUGCCGCAGCAGGGACAGCCCGUGUACUCCAUCCCCCCCGGUGGCUUUCGGCACCCCUACCCAGCCCUCGCCAUGAACGCCUCCAUGUCCAGCCUGAUGUCCAGCCGCUUCUCCCCGCACAUGGUCCCGCCGCCCGCCCACGGGCUGCACCCCUCGGGCAUCCCGCACCCCACCAUCGUCUCGCCCAUCGUGAAGCAGGAACCCGCCCAGCCCAGCGCCAGCCCCAGCGGCAGCUCGAAAUCCCCGGUCACUGUGAAGAAGGAGGAGGAGAAGAAGCCCCACAUCAAGAAGCCGCUCAACGCCUUCAUGUUGUACAUGAAGGAGAUGAGGGCCAAGGUGGUGGCCGAGUGCACGCUGAAGGAGAGCGCAGCCAUCAACCAGAUCCUGGGCAGGCGGUGGCACUCGCUGUCGCGGGAGGAGCAGGCGAAGUACUACGAGCUGGCACGGAAGGAGCGGCAGCUGCACUCGCAGCUCUACCCGACGUGGUCCGCGCGGGACAACUACGGCAAGAAAAAGAAGAGGAAGCGAGAAAAGCUGGCCCAGCAGCAAAGCCACGACACGGAGAGCGCGCUGGCCUCCAAGAGCAAGAAGCCGUGUGUGCAGUACCUGCCGGCCGAGAAGCCCUGCGACAGCCCUGCCUCGUCCCAUGGCAGCAUGCUGGAUUCGCCCGCCACGCCGUCGGCCGCCCUGGCCUCCCCGGCCGCCCCGGCUGCCACCCACUCGGAACAGGCUCAGCCGCUCUCGCUCACCACCAAGCCGGAGGCCAGGGCUCAGCUCGCCUUCCUCUCGGGCAAAGCCGCCUCUUCCUCCUCCUCCUCUUCUUCCUCCUCCUCCUCUUCCUCCUCCUCCUCCUCCUCCUCGAGCCUCGGCAGCCCGCCCUCGCUCCUCUCCAGACCCAUCCCCUUCACCUCGGUGCCCUCCACGGCUCUCCUCUCCUCGCCUCCGUCCUUCGCGCCGUCCCCGCAGGCUGCCCUGGCCGUGCUGCAGACGCAGCCCCUCUCCCUGGUCACCAAACCGGCUGACUAAAGGGGGGGGCUCGCCCCCCACCCGGCCCGGCCGCCCCCUCCCUGCUGUACGUUGCAGAAGCCACAAUCAAGAUUCAAAUGCAGCCAAACCAUUAUUGGUCAAUAUUUGACCCUUUUCUGAACUCUUUUUUUUUUUUGGAAGCAGACUCUGGAGGAAGGUGCUUUUCUGCUCAGAGCUGCUGUCGGCAGUCGACCUAAAGACCGUUUUUAUUAAAAAAAGGAAAAAAAAGGAAAAAAAAAAGGUUUUUUUUAAAAAAAGGAAAGACCCUACUCAAGGUGCCGACGAUGGAAAGACGCCGAACGCGGCGCUCGGUCCCGGGGGCAGAAGCGAAACGCCGGGCACUGACCCGGUGCCUCCGGCUGCUCCCAGCCCUCCCGUCCCGCAGCUCCUGCCCCGCUCCGUGCCGCGGUGGUGCCGCGGUGGGCAUGAUCCGGGGCUGAGCCCCCCGUGUGUGCGUGCGGGGGGGUUCCCCUUGAAUCCCUGUUGUUUUUCACAAAAGGAAAUAAAACUACAGCUGCAA